AUGGCUCCCGGUCUAGGAGCAAUCAAGAAUAUUUCCAGUCGAUUAUCUCGCAAUCGACAUCAUCACAAUCAAGACUCGACCUUAGACGAUUCGGCCAUGGAUGGUGGCGUGACAUCUGAGCGCUCAGAUCAAGCAUCGAUCUCGGCAGCGACCUCUUCGACACAGUCUAAGAAAGUUUCCCAGACGCUACAUAUUCCACGGACUCCCACACCAGAGACCGCCGAAAAGCCGUGUGGUGAAGCGCAUGGUCUAGGCCAAGCCCCCUUACACAUACCAACACCUACUUCUGAGAAGAUCGCGCCUCUCGCAAAGCCAAAACUCAUCGGGCCUUUCCAAGAUUUCCCGGCAGCUGAAGGAACAGGUAUGAACCAAACUCAGAGCCAGGGACAAGUGACAAACCCCUCGAUAAGCAACCAUCUACCUAUUGAGCCAAAUAACAGCUUUAAAGCCAAUAUUCCAAGCUUGGGUAGAGGGCCCCGUUUUGGUCGUUCAGAAAAAGACCGGCUUCAGAUUAUUCGUCGCCGAGCCAGUGCACGUAGCCAAACAAGCCAUAACUCAUUGCGCUCCUCCUUGUCUUCUUACUCUGUCGACGAAGACUUCCGCUCAUUGAUGUACUCCUCUGGUGAGGAAGGUGAUGAGGAGAUACCAAGGCCAUCUCCCCCUCCCUCUUUCUCCAUUCAAAAACUGGGUCAAGCCACACACCAUCACUCCUACGCGCCGUGCGUCGGACACCCGAGCGCAACUAGUGACCAUCAUUUGACAAAAGAUUCCGUCAGCAAAUUUCCCAAGCCAGCGCCUGAGUCAAAGCUGCCUGUGCCGCUACCUAAGUCGUUCUCAAGCCACAGCCACUACAUAAUGCAUAUGUUCGGUGCUACCCAUGCAGCACCCGGUAAUUUCCAUUCCUUUGGGCAAGUCAAUGGCAACUCAGCUGAUGAAGUGUCGGGUCCGCCAUGGUACUGGUCAGCAACCAGUCCUGCUCUCCACUUCUCGUCGGCGGCAGAAGAAUCCCAAUCUGAUAAGAUGGAUGUCGACACGGGUACUAAGGAUGCCACAGAGUCUUCUGUCGAGGCAGAGCAGCACCCAGACGAGCCGGCAAAGAUUGAAGCGGCUCUGAAGGAUUUGCAACCGCUACGCGAAUUCCUACACGAGUGUUUUCGUACACCAUGCGCUGGAUGCCAUAAAGACAUCAAGAUGAACGCGCAAACUGUCCUUAAGAUGACGACAGGAUGGGCUAAGAGCACUGGGAGAAUCCUCCUCGGCGCGGUAUGCCAGAGCGUCUUUUGCCAAACAGUGACAUGCCUCGGUUGCGGCGAAGCCUUCAACCCAUCCAAGGCUAAUGGGCCAGGUAUUCCCUUAGGUGUCGCCGGGGUAAAGUUAAGUGUGCAUUGGUGCUGCGAUCGUGGACGUCUAGCUGCAGCGUGGGCAGUUGCUUGCGGUUGGCAGACCACAACCUCCAAAUCGCGAUCCCGGUCCAGCAUCUACAAAAUGAAAGGGAAGGCCAUAAACACAAUGUCGUCGGCUGGUUUAAUCUCGGACAGUGGAGUCGGUUAUGGUGGCGGAAUGAAUGACGAACUCCCCUUUCCUCAUCUCACUAGGCGAUUUUUAUCCACAAAUCCGACACCGAAGCCAUCUGUUGAUACACAAGGAAAUACUACACGUGAAGCGUAUCUACGACUUCUGUCACGACUACUACCAUCCUCGAAAGAGGAAACAGCUUAUGAUACAUCGCCGGCGGAUUUUCUAUCGCAAAUGAUCUCACGCAGCCCGCUGAUAGAAGAGGUUGCGUCAUUACUUAACAAUGACUCCAUGGAUGAUAUCUCGCAGCAAUAUGAGAUCCACGAUGCUGCGCUGGACCUAUUCGAUGCGCUGGGCGGUCAUAAUGCCACUGCGGGGCUCGUAUACGACGACCGAAGCCUCUACCAUGCAAGAGGUGGCACGCUGCUAAGCGUCUCCUUCGAAUCUGGACAGGCAAAUAACAGAAUCUAUUCGAUCGAUACCGGUAGGCCUCUGAUCACGCUGCUUAAAAAGCUAGCAGCUCAGUCGCAGACGAUACUCCGCCAUUCCCAGGACCAUCCUGCUGAUUUUCAAAACCCAGAGGGGCAGAACUUAUUGAAAUUUUGCCAACGAUUGAGCCAGAUGGCGGUCCAGCAUACCGUUAACAUGCAGCGGCUUCGAACUACGAUGGAUCUUUGCGAUGACCAGCCCAGCCAGGACUUAUCCAAAUGGCACCAGGAGAAAUGCAUCGGAGAGGUUUCUGACGAGUUGAUCAUGAGCAACUUUUGUUUCAUGAGAGAAGUGGCGCGGUUUAAUAACCCAAUCAAAGGCCGGAUGAAAAGGCUAAUCACGGAGAUCUCGACGCUGCAGGCGUCGCUACCGGAUGGUAUCUACAUCCGUCACGGAUCGUCCCGGCUCGACGUGAUGAAGGUAUUGAUAAUUGCCCCUAGGGGUACCCCUUAUGAGCACGGUCUGUUUGAGUUCGACCUGUAUUGCGAUGUGAAUUACCCAAAUUCCCCACCUCAGCUAAGAUUCAAGACGACGAACGGCGGUAAGGCGCGUUUCAAUCCCAACCUAUACGAAGAUGGCAAAGUAUGCCUCUCUCUUCUCGGAACAUGGGCUGGAAAGCAGUGGCAAGCAAACGAGUCUACACUGCUCCAGUUAUUUGUCAGCGUGCUAUCCAUGAUCUUUUGCGAGAAUCCGUGGCUCAACGAGCCAGGCCGAGAAGUUCAGAGAAACAGCCACGAAGAGGAGAGAUACAGAAUUCAGGUGCGAAUAAUGACCCUAGAGUAUGCCUUGCAACCUUGGCUCCAGAUCCUUCACGCAAAGGACACGUAUCCAGAAGAGGGCCACCCCUACGCAAACCUCUCAUCGUUCUGGAAAGAGACUGUCCGGCUGCAUUUACGACACAACGCCAAGGACCUCCUAGAAUCGUAUAAGCAGGCUUCCUUGCAAAGUAACUCGACGGAAUUACAGGCAGCAGUGACGCGCAUCCAAUCUCUUCUUCAAACGAGGGGGUUCUUAGAGUAGAGGAGCUCAAGGAUAAAACCGGAAUCAGAAAUAAAUUAGGGAGGUGUGAAUCCAUCGAGAGCAUGUGAAUUAGGCGAGGUGAUACGAAUCAGUCGAAAAUAUGUGGUUCGUAUAGGUAAACUCGAGAAGGAGCCCAAAAAGAUGAUGAAUGCAUUCCAGUGCAGUACCAGUGUUAUCCUGCAAGAGCCCAUGCCAACCCUAAUCCGGACACUUGACUAGGUACUACUUUGCCGCUGCGUUUGUAAUGAGGAUGUAAUGAGGAAAUAAACAGCUAGGUACUCGUCAGAUUCCUUUGCGAAUCGCUUGUCGGAAAGACGAUGGAGAAUGAAAUAAAGAGACUAUCCUAAAUCUGGCAUGUGAGGACUAUAGAUAGGUACAGGGUCAUUAAUCGUUCGAUUACGACCUUGAAAGUCAAUAGACCUAUAGGACUUGAUAAACUG